CCACAUUUUGCAAUGCUGACCACUAAGCCCAACCACUAACCCAGCCGUCACUGGCGAAAGAGAAGCUCAGGUGCGCCAUUCCGUUUUCAAAUGGAAAUUUAUGAAACUUCGGUAGAGCAGAGGGAGAAUGUUCGACUAUGAAGAAUGAUCCUGUUACUUCUGGUUAAUUAAAUCGAUUUUCAGAGCUUUUUCACACACGGAGUACCUCCUACCUUAGGGUUUCGCUGCUCAACACUCAUGGAGGCCGUCGUGGUCGACGCUGGCUCCAAGCUCCUCAAAGCCGGUCCCGCCAUUCCUGACCAGGCUCCCGCCAUGAUAAUUCCUACUCAAAUGAAGCGCAUGCCUGAAGAUGGGUUAGUGACUGAUAGCUCUUUAUCUGAAGAUAUCACCAUUGAUCCUGUUGUGAGAGGUGUUAUUAGAGACUGGGACGCAAUGGAAGAUUUGUUGCAUCAUGUUCUGUAUACUGGCCUUGGAUGGGAAAUUGGCAAUGAGGGGCAGAUACUAUUUACAGAUCCACUUUGUACCCCCAAGGCUGUCAGAGAACAGUUGGUGCAAUUGAUGUUUGAAACAUUUAACAUAUCGGGCUUCUAUGCUUCAGAACAAGCGGUAUUGUCAUUGUAUGCAGUGGGACGAAUCUCGGGUUGCACUGUGGACAUUGGUCAUGGAAAGAUAGAUAUUGCACCAGUAAUUGAAGGUGCUGUUCAUCAUAUUGCCUCCAGAAGGUUUGAAAUAGGAGGGACUGAUUUGACAAAGUUACUUGCUCAAGAACUAGGGAAAUCCAAUCCAGGUGUUAGUAUCAGCAUGUCUGAUAUUGAGAAGAUAAAGGAGCAAUACUCAUGUUGUGCUGAAGAUGAACUUGCAUACGAGAAGACUGGAAAGUCAUGCCAAACAGAGAAACAUACCCUUCCUGAUGGACAGGUUAUUACAAUAGGAAGAGAAAGGUUUACUGUUGGUGAGGCUUUAUUCCAACCAUCUAUAUUAGGUCUAGAGGCACAUGGAAUUGUUGAGCAGCUUGUCCGUACUAUUUCAACAGUAUCAUCCGAUAAUCAUCGGCAGCUAUUGGAAAACACUGUACUUUGUGGUGGUACAGCCUCAAUGCCUGGUUUCGAAGAAAGGUUUCAGAAAGAAGCUGGUCUGUGCUCAUCUGCUGUUCGUCCUGCUCUAGUUAAGCCUCCAGAAUACAUGCCGGAGAAUUUGACAAUGUAUUCAGCAUGGGUGGGAGGGGCCAUACUUGCCAAAGUUGUGUUCCCACAGAACCAGCAUGUAACCAAGGCAGACUAUGAUGAGACUGGCCCUUCAGUUGUGCAUAGGAAAUGCUUCUAAUUUCUAACAGUGUAUUUGGCUUAACAAGUUCUUGACUUUCUAGUUUUGCUGGUUUUCGUGUACUAUAUACAUGUGUUUAUUGUAGUUGGGAUCAGUUGGCUAAAUUAGGCUCCACCCCCAGAAAGAUAGCAUCUGGUUGUGUAUUGUUAAUUCACCAUGGAAAUUUAUGUUGAUCUGAUUUGUGGAA